AUGUCUUCUCCGUCUCCGGCCUUGAGCGCAGCCUCAUAUAAUUCCGUGCUUGAUUUCAAAGCUCUCUCCCAACAGGGUUGGGUUGUACAAAAAUUCGGAGGAACUUCCGUGGGAAAAUUCCCUGAGAACAUCGUCGAUAACAUUGUCAAGGAGUUCAGUAAACAGAACCGUGUGGCCGUGGUGUGUUCUGCCAGAUCAUCCAACACCAAAAGUGAAGGCACUACUUCCAGAUUGCUUAGAGCUGCAGAUAUUGCCUCAGAGAACGGCGAUUUUACCACGCUAUUAAAGGUCAUCGAAGACGACCACGUGCAGAAUGCUAAAGACAAGAUCUCGUCCCGUGACAUUCAGGACGACUUGGUUGCAAAGUCCAAACAUGAAUUGCACAGAGCUCACGAGUUGUUGCAUGCCUCCAAGGUCAUUGGAGAAAUCAGCCCCAGAACUUUGGACAGCAUCAUGUCCGUGGGUGAAAAGUUGUCGUGUCUAUUCAUGUCUGCCUUGAUGAACGAUCGUGGUUUGAAAUCUGUAUAUGUGGACUUAUCUGAUAUCAUUCCAUUGGACUAUGACUUCACCAAAGGCUUUGAUGAUAGCUUUUACAAAUUCUUGAGCGUUGAAUUGGGCAAGAAGUCUCUCGAAUUGUCUCCUGAUGUCAUUCCUGUUUUCACUGGCUACUUCGGUACUGUCCCAGGUGGUUUACUUAAUGGUGUUGGCCGUGGUUACACUGACUUGUGCGCAGCCUUGAUUGCCGUGGGCGUUCAGGCUGAUGAGUUGCAGAUCUGGAAGGAGGUCGAUGGUAUUUUCACUGCAGACCCCAGAAAGGUGCCAAAUGCUCGUUUGUUGGAGUCUGUGACCCCUGACGAGGCCGCUGAAUUGACCUACUAUGGUUCUGAAGUUAUUCAUCCAUUUACCAUGGAGCAGGUAAUCAAGGCCAAGAUUCCUAUCCGUAUCAAGAAUGUUGACAACCCAACUGGAAAAGGCACUGUGAUCUACCCAGACAAUAUCGGCAGAAGAGGCGAAGAUACCCCUCCACAUCCUCCUGCUGCAUACGAGACGUUAUCCAACAGCUACAUCCAGUCUCAGAAGAGGAGAUCUGCCACUGCCAUCACCGCCAAGCAGGAUAUUGUGGUGAUUAACGUCCACUCCAACAAGAAGACAUUAUCGCAUGGCUUUUUGGCUCAUUUGUUCACCACCUUGGAUAAGUUCAAGCUCGUGGUUGACUUGAUCUCCACCUCUGAGGUUCACGUCUCAAUGGCCAUGCAAGUUCUGCAAGAUCAGGAGGUGAACUUGAAGAACGCUUUAAAAGAGUUGAGAAAAAUGGGUAGCGUGGACGUUACCAGAGAAAUGACCAUCAUUUCGUUGGUCGGAAAGCAGAUGGUCAACUUUAUUGGAAUUGCAGGCAACAUGUUCAAGAUCUUGGCUGAUGAGAGAAUCAACAUUGAAAUGAUCAGUCAAGGAGCCAACGAGAUCAACAUCUCUGCCGUGAUCAACGCCAAGGACACCUUGAGAGCAUUGAAGUCUAUCCACGCCGAAUUGUUGGAAGGAAACUUCGGUUUCGAUCCUCAGCAGUCUGCCACGGAUAUCCGUCUACAAGCACUCAAACUCGGUAAUUAG